AUGUACGCCAAAGGGGGCAAGAGCGCGGCCGUGCCCUCCGACAGCCAGGCCCGGGAGAAGUUGGCGCUGUACGUGUACGAGUACCUGCUGCACAUCGGUGCCCAGAAGUCCGCACAGACCUUUCUGUCCGAGAUCCGAUGGGAGAAGAACAUCACGCUGGGGGAGCCCCCAGGCUUCCUGCAUUCCUGGUGGUGCGUGUUCUGGGACUUGUACUGUGCAGCACCCGACCGCCGAGAGGCAUGUGAGCACUCAAGUGAGGCCAAGGCCUUCCAGGACUACAGCGCGGCAGCCGCCCCCAGCCCUGUGAUGGGGAGCAUAGCCCCCAACGAUGCCAUGGCAGCCGGCCCCAUGGCACCCGGCUUCUUCCAGCCCUUCAUGUCCCCAAGGUUCUCAGGGGGCCCCCGGCCCACCCUGCGGAUGCCGAGUCAGCCUCCUGUGGGCCUACCUGGCUCCCUCCCUGGUGCCAUGGACCCCUCCCCGCGUGUUCAGGGGCAUCCGAGUAUGGGCCCGAUGCAGAGGGUGACUCCUCCGCGGGGCAUGGCCAACGUUGGGCCCCAGAGCUAUGGAGGUGGCAUGCGGCCCCCACCCAGCUCCCUCGCUGGCCCGGGCCUGCCCACAAUGAACAUGGGCCCCGGAGUGCGUGGCCCGUGGGCCAGCCCCAGUGGCAACUCGAUCCCCUAUUCUGCCUCCUCCCCUGGCAGCUACACGGGACCUCCAGGAGGCGGGGGGCCCCCUGGAACGCCCAUCAUGCCCAGCCCUGGAGACUCCACCAACUCCAGCGAGAACAUGUACACCAUCAUGAACCCCAUGGGGCCGGGCGCUGGCAGGGCUAACUUCCCACUGGGCCCAGGCCCCGAGGGCCCUAUGGCGGCCAUGAGCACGCUGGAACCUCACCACGUGAACGGAUCUCUGGGCUCGGGCGACAUGGACGGGCUGCCGAAGAGCUCCCCUGGCGCCGUGGCCGGCCUGAGCACUGCCCCCGGCACCCCGCGGGAUGACGGCGAGAUGGCGGCCACCGGGACUUUCCUGCACCCAUUCCCGAGCGAAAGUUACUCGCCCGGGAUGACCAUGAGCGUGUGA